AGCCGUGCUCUAUCUGUGAUGGCAACCAUGAAUGUGUGACGGACGCUGCGGGUGCAGUGACCUGUGUGUGCAAAUACGAGAUGGUGGGCGACACGUGUGUGGGUCCUGCUACGUGUGGGGCCUGCCCUGCAGGUGCCACGUGCACCCCUCUCCCAUUGACCCGGGCUGCCUACUGCAUGUGCGCUCCUGGUUAUGGCAUGACCAGCACUGGAUGCGUGAAAGGCACCACCCCCACCGUCUCCUCCACAAGCUUCACCUUGUACACUCUACCCAACUUCACCAUCACUCGCUUCACAUCCACCAUGCGGGUCAACUGGGAUGGCUGCACAGACAUCACUCUCCCCCGCGCCUCUGAUGUCCUCUCCUACACCCGCAUAGAGCCUGCUCCUGGAGGGGUGGGAAACUGCACGAAUGUGUGUGCGUACUAUGGGUACGGGUGUACUGGAGCGUGCAAUCCGUUGUUCAGCCUGGCGGGCGCACCACAGAUCGGCGUCUGGACCAUUCCUGAAUACCUCGGGCUUUUCUUCCGCUCUUUCCGCUGCAUCCAUUAG